AUGAGUGGAAUUAGCGACAACGAUGUUGAGAAAGAAGCUCAUUCGAUUUACAAAGCAGGUGGGAGCAAGUUUCAAGACUUAGUUGUAUUUAAUGAAGUUAUGAGUAAACAUCCCAAGUGGAAUCUUUAUGAUACAACACCAAUUUUUUCUCAUGCAAGUGAAGAUGUUGAUAACCAUCAAAGUGGUGGCAGCUCGAAACGAUCAAAGACUUCAGAAGAUAGGGGGUUUUCUGUCCCCUCCAAUCCAGAAACUCCAACAUCUGAACAAUCAACCACGACUCGUCCUAUUGGCAGGGAUAAGGCAAAAAGGAAAGGAAAAGGUAAGGCCUCACAAUCUGAAUCUACUAAUGAAUCUGUUGUUGCUGCAGAAAUUCGUGCAAUGAAACUCACUAGAGAUGCCGAAGCUGAGUUAAUAAAGACUCGAAUCGAACUAGAGCACGGAAAGUUGCAAAGAAACGCAAUGAAGGUGAAAGAAAAAAUGUUGCUUCAAUUGUUGGUGAAAGAUCACUUAUCUCCGGUGGACAAAGAGAUGAAACGUCAACUAACUAAGAUUGUGUUUGGAGAGUGA